GGAGACAACAAAACGUUCUAGCUUUUUUUCUAUGUUAUGGGUGCGUGCAUUUGUGUUGUCCGGUGUUUGAAGACGCUUGGAAUUCGCUUUCAAUUUCUUCGUAGGAAAAAUGUCGGGUGAUACCGAUAAAGCGAAAAUCAGUGACAAUCAGGAUGAAGAUAAGAAGUCUGGGACAGGCGAUGGCCAAACAACAGAAGACGAGUCGUCCCAAGACUCGAAGGGUGAGUCGCAGGCGACUGCGGACCCUGCCCCAGUCCAAGGUAACGCCGAUGUAGAUCAACCAGACACCAAAGAGGAAGAUAAGCCACCUAUAACCCAGCCUACAGAAGGUGAUUCAAAAUCAACAACGGCUAACGGCAAGGAUGAUGACGGCGCAGGAGAUGACUCCAAAGAUGACAAGAGAGAUGUGAAGGCCGAUGCAGAUUCUAAAAAGGAAGAAAAUGGCGAGGCGCAUGAUGAAGAUGAAAAGGAUGACGUAAAGGCUAACGACAAAGGUGCUAAGAAACCCGCCCCUAAGAAGAAACCCAAGAAAGAGGACACUGAGGAGGAAGAUGAAGAAGAGGAGGAAGAAGAGGAAGAGGAGGAGGAGGAGGGUGACGAGGGAGACGAGGAGGAGCCCAAGAAACCUAAAGAAAAAGUAAAGAAGCCCGCAAAGAAAGCUAAAGAUGACGACGAAGGAGACGACGAGGAGGAGGGCGAGGAGGAAGAAGAGGAAGAGGAGGAGGAGGAAGAAGAAGAAGCGCCUAAACCUAAGCCCAAGAAAGAGCCAACAGAACCGCCAGUCCCUCUGCCGGCCGGCAAGGGCAUACCUCUGGGCCACAUCAGCAAAGUGGAGGUCUCUCUAUCCAGGUUUAAGACUCAAGACCAGAAACUGCUGCAUCAGUAUCUGUAUGGGCAACUUUGCCUGGACCGCAACGUGAAACGCAACAUCAAGAAGUUCAAGGGCUAUGAGUGGGCCAUUGGGUCCUCAGAAUACAAGGCCAAGCUUGAGGAAACCACUAAGAUGGAGCCCAAGCAGCUGCGGACCAUGUGCGAGAUGUUGGACCUUGAUAAGAAAGGAUCGGCGUCAGAGCUAGCGGCGCGGCUGGUGGGGUUCCUGCAGCAGCCGGGGCCCAACUCGCCGCACGCGCGGGGCGUCGCCCGCGCCGCGCCCGCCGCGCCGCCCGCCGCGCCCGGCGGCCGGCCCCGACGCUCCGCCGCCGUCAAGGUGCACAACAGAGGCUACUCUGAUGAAGAAUACGAGACAGAUCCAGAGACUAAAGUGAAGGGACCCAAGCCUGCCAAAGAUGGCUCAGAAGAUUCAGAUGGCUCGUUCAACCCGAGCGGGUCGGAGGAGGCGGACUCGGACUUCGACCCGGAGGCGGGCGAGCCGGCGGCCGGGCCGGGCCGCAAGCGCAAGUCGGCCGGCCGGCGCCGCUCUUCCGCCAAGCCGGCUAAGAGGGGACGCAAGCCUAAGGGGAAGAAGGGACGGCCAAGUAAAUCAGGUCGCGGCCGACGAGCAAAGUCCGACAGUGAAGAGGAGAGUGAAAAGUCGGAGAGUGAGAGCGAUAACGAGUCUGGAAGCGAGGGAGAGGAGUCUGAUGAGCCGAAGUCGAAGCGCGGUCGCGCGGCGGCGCCGGCGGCGAAGGGGCGCAAGGGCGCGGUGGCCAAGAGCCAGCCCGCCAAGCCCACGCCCGUCAAGCGGAAAGCGCCCACGCCGCCCGCUAAGAAAAAGGCCCCAGCAGGCAAGGCUGCAGGGCGGCCGGCCAAGAAGGGCAAGAAGGCGUCUUCUGAGGAGGAGUCCGGGGAGGGCAGUGAGGAGGAGGAGGAGGACGCCAGUGACGAGGAGGAGGAGAGCGGAGACGAGUCUGACACCCCCGCAGACAAGAAGGCCAAGCGGCCGCCUACUGACGAGGAGAUCAAGAAGUACGUGAAGCAGAUCCUGGAGGGCGCGAACCUGGAGCAGAUCACGAUGAAGACGGUGUGCAAGCAGGUGUACAGCCACUACCCGGACUUCGACCUCGCGCACAAGAAGGACUUCAUCAAGGCCACAGUCAAGUCGUGUAUUUAAGAUGAUAGGAGUUAAGAGCGGAGUGUAGAUGUCUACAUAGUAUACCUAUAGAUUAUAAAAGGAAAUAGCUAUAUAUUAUUACAAUAAUAAUAUAUUAUGAAUAAUGAAUAAUAAAAAUAAUAUGAAUGAAGUGGAACGGAUAAACACCCGCUUUACUUUACAAGCUCAUAUCAUCGUGAGCAGGUGACUAUUCGGCCGCAAACACAUACAUAGUCGAGUAAGCACCACUUAAAAUACUUAGACUAAUGCCCGCAAGCCGGCCGCAGCCGCACCGCAACAUACUACUCCUAGAUACAACAGUCUGUUCAGCCGGCGCCGCGGGCCUAUGUAAUUUUUAUGUUGUAGGAAUAAUUCCCAUUAGAGUAAGGAUAACCCAAGUAAAACAGCUCUAGGAUAUAUAAGAACGUUUUAUUUUAACUGUGCCUGUAUUAGUAGUUACGAUCACGUUCGUUGAUUAUGUUGAAGAAUGCGGCUCGUUAGCUAGUUUCUGAUGUAUUUCCAUUAUUCCUAGAGUUAUAAGUUAUAGUUCGAUAAUAAAAUGAAUAUUAUUUUUUCUCAUAAUCAGUUACAUAAUAAGAUGACGAUUUUGUAUUUACAACAUGAAGCUGCCGCACGAUCGUUAGCGUAAAUUCAUAAGUUUUAUAUUUAAAAUGUUGUUUUUGUUUUCAUAACUUGAUUAUUAUUUGCUUUAGAGCUGACAAUCGGACAACAGCUUUGUGUCGAGUUCGAGUGUAAACGAACCGCAACAUAUAAAGCACAUGCUUGUAAUGAUCUAUGUUAAAGUACAUUUAUGUAAGCGUAUUCCUAACUGUCGAGCCGCGUUCACUUGCGCUCACAAGUCAUUAAGCCCUUAAAUAUACAAUUAUAUGUACAAAGUUCAGGAAUUUUGAUUAGCACAAUGUGCUCAUUUAUUUAUAAAUUUAUUUUGACAAAAUCCAAAAUUAAUUCAAUAUAGUGAUAUCACUUGUAAUAAUCCGCAUAUUAUAUUAAGGAUUUAAAUACUAGUGCUAUGAAAUCCAAAAUUAAUUAUUUUUUUAUUGGGAUCGAGAAGACAUUGCCUUUGCAUUUUUUUUUAUUAUAAUUAACUGGUACCUACUCUAUCACAAAUAUAUUAGGUAUGCAAAAAUUAUAGGUAUGUGUAAAAUACCAUAUUAUUUUUCCUAUUUUGUUUAAAUCGUUAAUUUUGUUGUAACAAGGUGUUUCGGGAAAGUAAGUUUAUAUUUUUUUAACGCGGACGUAGGCGGUAAAAGUUUUCUCGCAGUUCGGCACUAUCACAUAACUAUUCGAUUAAGGGUCGGCUAAGUGUACUUUAAGAAGUGUAAAUAUUACACAGUACUUGCAAUUUAUGGGGAUGAUGCGUGUGAAGUGUUUGGCACAUUCAUGUAAUACGUGGAGUUGUAAUCGUCGCAUUGUAUCUAUGAUCUUCAUGUACUAUUAACGAGACGAUGGAUGCUAAACGUUCAUGUAAAUGCGUGGUUUCACUGUGUGCGUGUACCGCGUUGUAAAUUAGUUUGUUCCGGUAUGUUAGCGUAAUGUUCAGUACAUAAUGUGUUCAUGUUCGCUACUGACACUGUCUCGUGUCCCACACGCCACUCCCGCCAAGUGUGUCCCCCCUAGUGCAAUAAUCGUAUCUAUAACGAAUACAUACAUAAUUGACCGUCAUCCAUCAUAUCACUGUGUGACAAUCCGAGCUUAGCUUACCUAAGACAGGCAAUUCUCUCGUUACAUGAAAUAGUGCAUAAGUUUAUUUUGUGAAAGAAUCAAUAGCUUCUUAUAAUUUAGGUGCUGCUAUAGCAUUUGAUAUUGUUUCGAUGUAACUUGUGGCCGAUGUCGCCAAGUCCCGUGGGUGAAGCUAACGUAGGUGCGGGCUCGGCCGCGCGGCGACGCGGUGCAAUGCCUUCACUCGUAGAGGUGACCUGUUUUUGUCUAUAUUCGAUAAUCUCUAUCCGUGAACCGCAUUGGUGAUGAGCAACCCUAGACUUUCAACAUCAUGUUAUUGCUAAGGGUUGUAGCGAUGUCCUAUGUUCAGUUUCCUUGAGUUGAUAGCCGUCUCCCCGCGUGCUCGAGCCUUUUAGCUAUAAGAUAGGUUUAAUCAACAUUAAAUGUGUAUUUGUGAAUUUUUAACCUUAUUUCGGUUGAUGUUUCUUUAUAAAUGUGUAAAUGGCUGAGAUCUGUAGCGACGUAGUGACAUGGAGUGAUAGCGAGUGACUGGUUCCCCCUUUUACAAUUGGAUAAUAGAUAAUAAAUAAAUAAAAGUUUGAAA